CCGUGCGCUCCCCCAUUCCCAGAUGGUGAACUCUUCCUAACACUGCCAUGUUGGAUGGAACUGGCUCCGAGCUCUGUGGCGGUCGGACUUCCCAGGAAAGUUUUUGCAGCUUCCCUUCUUCGCCCUGUCGCUGCAGUUUUUGACCUUAUUUCAAAGAGAAGCGGGAGGUCUCAUUACACCCAUAGGCAGCGUACAGUUUCCGCACCCCCAGUGUUGAGGACCCCCCUGGAUAAAGUGAACCGAUGUGAAGGGGUCGGGGGAAGGCCACGGAUGACCAAAGGAUUGUUUAUGUAUCUUUCCUGGAUCUGAUACUACGAGUUACAGUCGGUGCAUACUUUUAGAAACUGACCACCAAUAAUGAGUGGACAUCCGCAGCAACGGCGGAUGGCAAACGUCGGCUCCAUACUACUGACACCGCAGGAAAAUGAAGCCAUUUUCAGCCACCUUGGCAGGAAAUGCAUCACGUUGUGCUCAGCAGUCGUCCAAGUGUUCACAUCAGAUAGAAACUCCAGCUGGAACAAGAGAUGCUGCGGUGUGGCCUGUCUGGUCAAAGACAACCCUCAAAGAUCCUACUACAUCAGGGUCUUUGACAUCAAGGAUGGUAAGAUGACGUUCGAACAGGAGCUGUACAACAACUUCAACAUCUACCUCUCCAAACCUUACUUCAUCUCAUUUGCUGGAGAUGCAUGCCAAGUGGGUCUCAACUUUGCCAGCGAGGAGGAGACCAAGCGUUUCCGCACUCAAGUACAGGAGCUGCUAGGCAGACGACAGAGGAAAACUGAGAAGAGACGCGACCCUCCGAAUGGGGGCGCCGAAAUCAACGCACAAGGCCCGACGUUGCACAUGGCCACGGUCGACAUCAAAAACCCAGAGAUCAGCAACGCUCAGCGUUAUCACAACAACUCUCAGGUGAACAACAUGGUGCACUCCACCUUCCCCAAGAGGGAGAAAAAGGCCAAAGGGAAGAAGAAGAGGCUGACCAAGGCAGACAUCGGCACGCCCAGCAACUUCCAGCACAUUGGACAUGUCGGCUGGGAUCCAAACACAGGCUUUGAUGUGAAUAACUUGGACCCAGAGCUGAAGAACCUGUUUGAUUUGUGUGGGAUCUCCGAGGCUCAGCUCAAGGACAAGGAGACCUCGAAGGUCAUCUAUGACUUCAUUGAGAAGAAAGGAGGCGUGGAAGCUGUCAAAAAUGAGCUACGGAGACAAGCUCCUCCACCUCCUCCAUCCAGAGGCGGCCCUCCUCCACCACCCCCACACCACAGCUCAGCCCCUCCUCCCCCUCCUCCAGCCAGGGGGCGAGGUGCCCCUCCACCUCCUCCGCCCUCAAGAGCUCCAAUCUCUGCGCCGCCGCCUCCUCCCCCAUCCCGACCGGGCAUGUCCGCCCCACCUCCUCCCCCUCCCAGCCGAGGCUCCCUCCCGCCACCCCCUCCGCCGGCCCAUGCUUCCCUUCCUGUGGCACCUCCCCCUCCGCCUCCUCCUCCCUCCUCUUCGAUGUCAUCUGGCGGCGGAGCCCCACCUCCUCCCCCUCCUCCUCCACCACCUCCUGGCCCUCCACCCCCAGCUCCUCCGCCGCCCAUGGAGGCUAAUGGAGGGGACAGCGGUCAGCCCGGGAAGUCUUUGCUGCUGAGUCAGAUCAGGGAGGGCACCAAUCUGAAGAAGGUGGAGCAGAAGGAGCGGCCGGUGUCCAGCGUGGGAAGAGACGCUCUUCUUGACCAAAUCCGACAAGGAAUCCAACUGAAACCUAGAGAGGACAACAUCGACUCACCCCCCUCCACUCAAGCUCCAUCAGCAGGCAUCGUUGGGGCUCUGAUGGAGGUGAUGCAGAAAAGGAGCAAAGCUAUUCACUCCUCAGAUGAGGACGACGAUGAUGAUGACGAUGAGGACUUUGAGGAAGAUGAUGAAUGGGACGACUAGCGACAUUCUCUUUCUCCCCUCCCUCACCCCCAGGAUGAUUAUGACACUAUAAAUGUUCUUGUCUUUCUGAAAAGAAAUCUUUAAUUUCACAAGUAUAAAUGUAAAUGUUCUAUCAAGUUGCUGUAUAUUUUUGUUGCCUUUAUGCUUUUUUUAUUAAUCUGUGCAAUACCUCAUUUAAUCUGUAAAUGUUUGUCAUUCUCAUAUCUUAGGUUGUUGUUUCUUUAUCUUUGUCUCCGUCAGCUCCAUCUUCUCUCUUGAUAGCAAUAUUUCACAUAUCGGUUCAAACUUUGUUGGGUUUUUUCCAUCUCUAUGCAUCUUCUCCUUCUCCUCCCACGUCCCCCCAACUCUUCGACCUCCAUCUGUCACUCAGACAUCGUUCCUAUAUCUGCUGCCUCCCCAUCAUCCCAUCACACAUUUUCCCUCCCUGUCACUCUGCAUAUUCCCAUUUCCCAGAAUAACGUGCAAUUUAACAUCAAGCUGUUUCUUAAACCGUAGAGUUGAAUGUGUUUUCUUUUCUUUUGGUCAGUCAUCGAAGGAGAGGGCUUACAAAAUAUGUUGCCACGAAUCCUUCAUCAAUCAUGUGUCAUUGUUUUUCAGGAGAAGAAAAAAAGAAAUUGAACUAUUUUCAUACCCUAUUGCUCUGUAGUUUAUUUUUACUUAUUAAAUGAUCCUAGUUUAGCACUCAUAUUUUCUUAAAACCAAGAAAAAAAAGAAAAAGCUCUUUUUUUGAAACUAUAGCUUCAUUUGCUGUCGACUGUAAAUUUGCUCCAGAGUUUGAGUCUUGUUAUAUUUUUGCACAGAAAGAGGAGACUCGCUGCGUGAAUACAGGACAUUUUCAGGUCUGUAUCAUCAUGGAACAUACAUACGCUUUAAGACAUGAAGCAUAAAAGCAUUUGGACAAACAGCAUUUGAACCGUUAACCUAUCACACUACAUUAGUACACACAUGGAGGUAGUCUUCAGCCGGCUAUCUGUUGUAAAUGUUAGUCCCUUUUUUUCCACUACUGUCACACUACAGAUUCUGUUAAAAUUGUAUUUUCUUUUUAACUGAUUUUUUUUUUUUACAGUAGCAAACAUUAAUAAAGGCCUGUUUGUUGGAAUCAGGUCAUUGAUCAUGUAAAGCUUGAGGAAUAAAGACAUUUUAGUUUUACCCACCUGA